UACUGUUUGUAUAGGUGAAGCGCUCGGACAGUUUUAGGGGCCGGAAGCGUAUGCAGCAGGGCAUCCAGACCGAGCUGUAUUGUUGUUUACACGCCUGAAUUAAUAAAGUUAAAGACCCUAUGAGUUAAAGUGGACCGAGUUUGUGCUCUUUGAGGAAUUACAAGAAAGAAACGAACAAGAAUAAAACAUGGUGGCAGCGGCGAGGACUUGGUCUGGAUUACAGUAGCGUAGCACUACAGUGUGUGCCGUCUAGCGGUAGCGAGAGCUAACGAGGAGAGAGACCACUACAACACGUCAUGGAUGGCCUGAAGCCGCCCCGGACGCUAUGCCUGGAUUCCAGCAACAUCGCAAAGACAUGGAAGAGCUGGAGGGACGAGUUCCUGCUGUAUGUGGAUCUAACGCUGACAGAUGCAGACGACACACAGAAGGUAAAGCUGUUCAGCUAUCUAGUCGGUGACAGUGGCAGAGACCUUUUGGACACGCUGAUGGGAGAUACUGCUCAUGAUGCUUGGAAGCUAGAGGAUAUCAUCAAGAAGUUUGAUGAUCAUUGCAACCCCGGCGUGAAUGAGACGGUUGAACGUUAUCGUUUCUUUACUAGGAGUCAGGGGGCCAGCGAGAGCAUUGACAGCUACGUUACUGAACUAAGACUGCUAGCAAAAACGUGCAACUUUGGGACAUUAAGGGAUUCGCUGAUUCGGGACAGGAUUGUGUGUGGAGGUAACAAUACAAGCAUGAGAGAACGCCUGCUUCGUGAAAAGAACCUCACACUGGACACAUGUCUUCAACUGUGCAGAGCGGCCGAACUGUCCAAGGAGAAUGUGAAAGCAAUCACCAGCGCAAUUGCAGAAGAGGUGCAUGCUGUACAAGGAGCACAGUACCAGAGUACAGACAGCAACACAGUGCAGUGUAAAUUCUGUGGGAAAACGCACGAGAAGAGGAAAGAAAAAUGUCCUGCAUUUGGGAAAAAGUGUGCUAAGUGUGGCACAAAGAACCAUUUUGCAGCUAAAUGCAAAGCAAAAAUGGACCGGACAAGACACAAACAUGUGAGUAACAUAAAGACAGAAAGUGUGAGCGAUGAAUACGAGGAUAUCGCCAGUGUCACCUCAACAGAGAUGGAGAAGGUGGACACUGAGGAGACAAGAUGUGGUGAGGACAAGGGAAUAAAAGAAAGAAAAGAGACAGGUACAGUUAAAAAAGACUCCCAGCUUCUGUACGCAGGCAUGCUGCUAGGGAAAAACACAGUACAAUUUCAAAUAGACUGUGGAGCUAGCUGCAACAUUAUCCCAAUCAACCUGCUAAAUCCAGACGUUGAGUUGGAACAUACCAAAAGUGUGCUAGUCAUGUACAACAAAAGCAAACUGAGACCUAUAGGGAAGUGUAAAGUUAAGAUAAGAAACCCAAGAAACAAUAAACUGUACCGACUGGAGUUCCAAGUGGUGGAUACAGAUGGUGUAAUGCCUUUGAUUGGUAGGAAAGCCAGUGAGGCAAUGAAGCUGAUUAAAGUGCACUAUGAAAACAUCAUGGCAAUUGAUAGCAUAGUCACAACGGCAAAAAAGCCUGCAAUAGAACCCUGGACGGUGGAGCAGAUUAAAGUGAGAUACGCUGAUGUAUUCACUGGAGAUGGGUGUUUAGAGGGAAAAUAUAAAAUGGAGAUAGACAGUACAGUAAAGCCAGUACAGCUACCAAAGAGACGUGUACCAGUGGCUUUAAUGAAACCGCUUAAAGAAGAAUUACAAAACCUACAACAGAGAGGGAUAAUCACACCUGUGGAAUGCAGUACAGAAUGGAUCAGUGCCAUGGUGGUUGUCCAAAAACAAAAUGGCAAGCCUAGAGUGUGUAUCGAUCCCAAACCUUUGAACAAAGCGCUAAGGCGUAGUCACUUUCCACUGCCAACUAUUGAGGACAUUCUACCAGACCUGUCGAAAGCUAAAGUGUUCACAGUGUGCGACGUCAAGAGUGGAUUUUGGCAUGUACAGCUGGAGGAGGAGUCCAGCUAUGUGACGACGUUUGCCACUCCAUUUGGUCGGUAUAGAUGGCUGAGGAUGCCAAUGGGGAUAAGUACAGCCCCAGAAAUCUUUCAGAGAAAACUGAUGCAAGCACUAGACAAUAUGCCUGGACUGUACAUCAUAGCGGAUGACAUUCUGAUCACAGGGCAGGGAGAGACGGAAGAGGAGGCAGAGCAAGAUCACGACAGAAAAUUGAAGCAGUUUUUGGACAGAUGCAGAGAAAAGAAUAUAAAACUGAAUGCAGACAAGUUCAGAUUGAAGCAGAAGGAGACUACAUACAUCGGACACCGCCUGACUGCUGAGGGCCUCAAACCAGACCCAGAAAAGGUGCGUGCUGUUGAGCAGAUGCCAGCGCCGACAGAUGUGAAAGCAGUGCAAAGACUGAUAGGUAUGGCUAAUUACUUAACCAAGUUUUGCCCUCACCUGUCAGAUCACUGUAAAGUGUUAAGAGACUUGACACACAAGGAUAGUGAGUGGACGUGGAAUGCAGAACAAGAGGAGGCGUUCCUUAAUCUAAAAAAGACAAUAACAAAUGCCCCUGUGUUAAAGUACUAUAACCCAGAAGAAGAGCUGACAUUGCAGAGUGACGCAUCAGACACAGGAUUAGGUGCAGCACUGAUGCAAAUGGGCAAGCCAGUUGCUUUUGCUAGUAGAGCACUAACAAAAACAGAACAAGGAUAUGCACAGAUAGAAAAGGAGUUUCUGGCAAUGGUCUUUGGCCUGGAGAAAUUUCAUCAGUACACAUAUGGCCACAAAGUGACUGUUCAGAGCGAUCACAAGCCAUUAGAAACCAUAGUGCGAAAACCAUUGCUGAGUGCUCCCAAAAGGCUGCAGGGUAUGAUGCUGCGCAUACAGAAAUAUGAUACAGAAGUCUUGUAUGUGCCAGGAAGGGAUUUAGUGCUAGCAGACACCCUUAGCAGAGCCUAUCCUCUGGAGGACGUACCUGUGGAGGCUGAGCUAGAAACAGUUAACAUGGUACAACAUCUACCGAUCUCAGCAGACAGACUACAGGAGAUAAAGACAGCCACAGAACAGGAUAAAACACUGCAGCUUCUCAUCAACACAAUGACAUGGGGAUGGCCAAAGAACAAGCUGCAUGUGCCAAGUGAAAUCAGGCCUUAUUUUUCAUUCCAAGAGGAACUCAGUCACCAGCGUGGGAUAGUCUUCAGAGGGGAGCGUGCAGUUAUACCAGAUGCCAUGAGAACCGAAAUCACCAGCCGUAUACAUGCAUCGCACCUGGGUGUCGAAGGAUGUCUUAGAAGGGCAAGAGAGUGCGUUUACUGGCUAGGCAUGAAUGAGCAGAUUAAACAGUACAUAGCGAAGUGUGACAUUUGCCGGUCCAUGGAUGACAAACAGCAAAAGGAAACACUAAUACCACACGAAGUGCCAAACAGGCCAUGGGCUAAGGUGGGCACAGACCUGUUUAUGUUUGACAACAGGGAUUACCUCAUCACAGUGGAUUAUUUCUCAAAUUUCUGGGAAAUAGAUUACUUGGCCGACACAAAAUCAACCACGGUGAUAAAGAAACUUAAGGCUCAUUUCGCCCGUCAAGGUAUACCAGAUAUAGUGAUUUCAGACAAUGGCCCACAAUAUGUGUCACAAGAAUUCAAAAAGUUUAGCCAACUGUGGGGAUUUCAACAUAAGACCUCAUCUCCAGGUUAUCCCCAGAGCAACGGCAAAGCAGAAUCAGCUGUUAAGACAGCAAAACGACUUCUGCACAAAGCCAAAGCCGCAGGACAGGACCCCUAUCUUUCCUUGCUGGACCACCGUAACACACCGUCGCUGGGCCUGAACACCAGUCCAGCACAAAGACUGCUCAGUCGGCGCACCAAAACAUUGCUACCAAUGAAAAGUAGCUUGCUGAAACCAAGGGUUGUUCAAGUUCAACAGGAACUGAUGAACAGGCAAACACAUCCAAGCACCUACUACAACCGCUCAGCCAAGGAUCUGCCUGUGCUUAAAAGUGGGGACUCAGUGAGGAUACAGCCGUUCCCACCACAGACCGUCUGGAGAUGCGGCAAGGUGCUGUCGCGGAUCGAUGAAAGGUCCUAUGAGAUACAACUGCAAUCUGGGAGUGUCAUCAGGAGAAACCGCAGACACCUCAGACUGGUUCCGGAAAGGGCAGUCAGGGACCCCGUUGAUGUGGACAUCAACUUCCCAAUUCAGGCAGAGGUUACAGGACAGGGUCAGGCAGGGUCUGUCCAUCCUCCGCACAGGGUUUUAGACCACACACCAAAGGACACUGGUAGCGGAGAGACCACUGUCACAACCAGAGCAGGUCGCACAGUCAAGAUGCCACAACACUAUAAGGACUAUGUCCUGUCACACAGAUAAAUUACUCAGUGUUGCUCAUGGCCUUUGGGGGGUUUACAUCAAAAUGGGGAAAAUGACAAUAAGUGUUCAAAACAGAAAAAGGACAAUGGAAUAUGUUUAUGUUAAUAAUUACCUGUUAUAAAGAAAUGCACUCUGAACUGAAAAAAAAAAAAAAACUGUACUGUAUAUGUUGAAAUGGGGAUGAGCUAUGUUCAGGCUCGGAAUGAUGCGAGUCAUGUGACAGUCAAUGUUUUGUUUUGAAUUUUUUCAGAGGUACUAGUCAGAUGUUGAAAUUAAGGGGAAGCUGUAAUUCUGAAAAGAAAAGGGAUGUUACAAUAGGAACUACUGUUUGUAUAGGUGAAGCGCUCGGACAGUUUUAGGGGCCGGAAGCGUAUGCAGCAGGGCAUCCAGACCGAGCUGUAUUGUUGUUUACACGCCUGAAUUAAUAAAGUUAAAGACCCUAUGAGUUAAAGUGGACCGAGUUUGUGCUCUUUGAGGAAUUACAAGA